AUGACUUGGAACCAUCAUUCCCUGGGCGAAGCUCUCCCAAUUGGCGCAUCGCGACGAUCUUCGUCUGCUUCGGAAAGAUCGACACAGGCAUCCCUGGCAAAUGGACCUGCAUCUUCUCAAACUUCGAAUCACAACUCUGAAGAUGAACAGGAUGAAAGUGAUGAGGGCGGAAGUGAAUCUGGGUCGGAAGGCCCCAGAGUUCCAGCUUAUACUGUCCAAGAAUUGGUCGCCAUUAUCCUAGACUUUUACCAAUUCUUGACAACGCUUCACUUCAACCCUGAAGAUCUCAAAGUCGCUCCACCAGAGGGAUGGCCUAGUCUCACUCCUGAGCUCCUUUCAGGACUUGACAAGUCCGACAAAGUUAUCGAAUUCAUGCGUCACGCCCCCUACUUCAAACAGCGCGAUUGGCCAGUCGGUUUUCACUACAAGUCCCAACUGUGUGAUAUCCCCGAGUACACAGAAAAGGACAUCGCAGAGGAAAUGAGCUGGGGAGAGGACUACGACUUUGACUGGGACGAUGCUGAGCCCGACCAAAAGCAUUACAUUCGUCUCGCUGACGGCAUGGAAAGCGGAGCGCAUCUAUUGUGGCUCGAUGUCAAAGAUGGCAUGAUUGUCGACUAUGAGUUGAAAGGCGACAGCGAAGAUCCUGUGGAUAUUCAGGUGUACUUCAACCGUCUAAAAGACCAGUAUCGAAGAUUGGUUUUGGUUCCUGGGCCUCCCGGGAUAAUCACUGCCGACUGGGAGGAGAUCGACGAGGUUGAGGAUGAUGAGGUGAUUACCGAGGAGCAGUUUCUGGCGCAGGACGAGGAUAUUAGUCGUGAUGAGAAUGUUCCGUUUGCGAGGAAGUUGUAUCGUAGUUUUGGAUGGCCGGAUGCUUUCAGAAGAGAAGAGUGUUGGGCAGAGGUUGAAAGGUUGCAAGGUGCGAUGGAAGAGAUGGAGGAAGAUAUCUGGGAGGGAUCACCUUUGGGUACUCGGCGCACCUGA